AUGGAGGAACUAGAACAAGAAAGCGAAAAAGGAGUGGCUUUAAAAUCCGCUUUUGACCAUCAAGCAAACUCCAUUAGCGAAUUUCAAAAUAAAUUAAAAGAUAUUACUGACUUGCAAAAGCAAGUUAAUGAUUUGACUAAUAAUAAAGAUAAUUUAGAUAAAGAAUUAAAACAGAAACAACAACAAAUCCUAAAUCACAAGUGCGAUACUCCCAAUGGUGAGGAAUUGAACCAAUUGAAAGAGGACUUAAAAAAAGCCAAUGAGGAAAAGGAAGAAUUAGAAAGAAAGUUGAAUGAACCAAUUCCCUCCCAAGAAAAAGAGGAGGACACCAAAGAUUUAAGUAUUGAGGAAUUACGAACCAAAUUAAAUGAAAAGAAUAUAGUAAUUGGGAAACUUAAAGCUCGGUUGGAUAAGAUGGAAACUGAGGCUAAAAAUAACCCUAAUGUUACUCAAAAUUCUAGUAAAAGAACAACCGCUCUUGUCCUAAUUAGUGAUGAUAAGCCCUUUAAGGUGAAAACUUUAAAUGAAAAAGGCGAAGAACCUGAUGCGAUAGUAUUUGAAGAAACAGAUUUUAUAAAAAUGAUGGGUAUUAAGGCCGACCAAGUAAAAAUUUUGCGACGGCAGAUUUGUAGCGGGGUAAAAGCGAGUGAAAAAUAUACUGGUCAUAAUGUUUAUUCUCAUUUGCCUAGUGAAGUUAAGCAUUUGACUUUUAAAGAUGGUAGAGGUGGCGGCUAUUUCUUUACUCAUGCUGAUGCAGAAGUAAAAAGCGGCAGUGUUAGAAUAUGUCGUUCUGGUAAUGACGUUAUUAUCUACGACGUAGAGACCAAAGAGUUUAUGAUUUUUGAUUGGGAGGCUAUUGAG